CGGAACAUUUACCGGUAAUAAUUCAACCGAUACAAAUCCAUAGCUAGAACCCUCUCUCUCUCUCUCUCUCUCUCUCUCUCAACGUUGUUGUUUGAUCGUCUUCUACCUCAACACCAAUUCAAUUCAAUUGAGAAUAAUGUCAACUCCAUUAGAGAGAUACCAAAAACUUUCCCUAACAGAGUCUCUUCCUAAAAGCUAUAGAUACCCAAUUGCCUGCAAAGAACUAAGCUUCAUUCUCAGAGAAGCUUUUCAUAAAUUCCCCAAAAAUUUGCAAACCAUAAUCUUCCAAGAUACUCUCUCCGCCUUCCGUCUCCUCCCACAAAUGGAGACUCAGAGCGCUGUUUCGGCAGUCCAUUUACUCUUUCAGAGUGUAGAAGCGGCACUGCCGAAACAAAAAAAGAAUAUGGCUGUAACAGAAUUUAAGCAGGCAAUGAUUGCUCAUAAAAGACGCUCUAAAGCUCACCAGGUAGAGAAAGGUUCAUUGCAACUACCAGAAGAUAUUCUUGUACAAAUUUUCAGUUUACUAGAUAUGCGAUCUUUGGUCUCUGCGGGGAUUGUCAGUAGGUCAUGGAAUAUGGCUGCAAAUGAUAACUGUUUGUGGGAGUCGCAGUAUGCUGUACUGUAUGGUGAUGCUGCUAAACAACGCCCUAUGGGACCAGAUGAAGACAGGAAUGAUAAGCUUUUACAGAAACCCCAGGAUACUAAAAUGAUCACCGACUGGAAAAAAGCUGUUAAAGGAGCAUACACGGGAGCACUAUCCAGGAAAUUAGCAAUCAAUCGAGGAUACUGUGAAUGCUGCAAAACUAUAGUUUGGUUAAACAACUCAAGAUGCCCAAAUGUACAUGGAGGAAUGAUAUCUGAAAUUCACGAUAUCGAACCUGUAACAUCAACAGCAACAACAACAACCAAGCCUUAUCCCACUAAGUGGGGUCGGCUACAUGGAUCAAAUUACGCCAUAGUGUUCUAUCAUAAACCAAAUUUGGAUAUCGAACAUGUAACAUCAUUCCAGGUUGCGGAAUAUCUUCUGAAUGGUUCUCUACCCAUGAAAUAUUAUUCCUCAGACAGCGACAGCGACAGUGAUUCAGAAGGAGGGUCACUUUCUAGGUUAUGGGCAUAUCCCAAGCAAUUAAAACAAUAAUAGGGGGGCACUGAAUCAAAUAUAUGGCCAUUAUGUUCUUGUAUGAUUUUAUAGGUAUCCUGGAAUUUUUUUGAUCCAGCUGGUAUCCUUCACCACGAAAAGAGCUGAUUGCAAUUCUGGCGUCCCAGGAAUUAGAUAAUUGUCAACUUUGAAGUUUAAAUCUAUACUCAUUUGUUUCUCUAGUUUUUUUUUUUUUUAAUGACAAAUAUGUUAAUGAAUUGGUUGUUAGAAAUGUUAGUGGGGGAAUUGAAUUCAGAGACCGUUAUCUAUUCAACUCUUAUGUUCCUUCCCUCGAACCACUUUAUGUUUUUUAUUUUGUCUUCACCUCUUAAUAUCUCCGCUAAGCAAAAAAUUGGGAAGAGGGAGUGUAUAUGUGUAUAUUAUGAAUUUUAGUGAAUGUAGUGUGUUUUGAUUUAAGUUUGCAAA